AUGGUUCGCUACGCUCUUGUCGCCUUUGCUGGCUUGGCCGCUGCACUCCCACUCAACAUCAACCUGGGAGCUUACUCACCUGCUCUGGUUGUUGGUGAUGGUGAGAUUAGCUUCGGUGGCAGACAGGAUGUGUCCAAUCUCAUGAACGCCCUCGAGGGCGCCGCGGUUAAUGCUGCAGGCCAGAGGGCCAACACAAACGGUGCCGCUGCCCCGGAAACACCAGCGGCACAGCCCCCGGCUGCUGUUGCCAAUGCGGCUGAUCCCAGCCUCCAAGAACAGGCACAGCAGAUUGCCUCCCUCCAAGGUCUAGGCAAGGAGAUUGCCCCCCGAGUCGCCGUCGAGAAGCGAGAUCUCACCGGCUUCGACCGCGCCCUCAAGUUCGCCGAAGUUGCUCUCGAGAAGGGCCCCAAGGUCCAGCUCGGUACCGGCGCUGAGGGCUCCGGCGUCGGCAUCAUCGUCGACAACAACAAGCAAGCCGCUGCACGACCGGGAAAGGGCGCCGAGGGCGAGGCUAGACCUGCACCUGCCGCACCUGCCGCACCGGGUCGUGCCGGUGCUGCCGAGAAGCGUGACGUCGUCACCGGCAGCGAGGCGGGCGUCAAGCCGUUGCGCACCCGCGUUACUACCAUGUAUGUCCGCUCUGGUGUCCCUGCUUCGAUGCAAGGCACGAGUAACGAGGCCCGCAGCGUCGCGGCGGCCGUCCCCCGAGCCGCCGGCCCCGUCUCUGCUCCCAUCUCUGGCCGCAGUGAUACCAUUGACUCCCUCAACCUUAAUGUUGACGGCGAUCAAGGCAUCACGAUGACCUUUGUGGAGCAGAUCGCGGACGACAACCAGUGA